ACGGCGGCGCGGCCGCCAGCCCUGCAGGUGACCGCGGGUGGCGCGGUGCGGGCGCGAGCCGGGGCGGCGCUGCGGGGAGACAGCCGGCGCGGAGUCUGGGCGAAGUUUGCCGAACAUGGCGGAAGAGCCCGGGGCGCGCAGGAACGCGCGGCGGCGGCCGGCGCUGGAGGAGCUGUAGCCGCCGCCGCCGCCGUCGCCAGGCGAGGUCGCCGCCAUGGCCCGCUGGAUCCCGACCAAGAGGCAGAAGUACGGGGUUGCGAUCUAUAACUACAACGCUUCUCAAGAUGUGGAGCUCUCCCUGCAGAUCGGCGACACCGUCCAUAUCCUGGAGAUGUAUGAGGGUUGGUAUCGAGGCUACACCCUCCAGAAUAAAUCUAAAAAGGGUAUUUUUCCUGAAACCUAUAUCCAUCUGAAAGAGGCAACUGUGGAAGACCGAGGGCAGAACGAGACCGUGAUCCCUGGGGAGCUCCCGCUGGUACAGGAGCUCACGUGCACUCUGCGAGAAUGGGCUGUCAUCUGGCGCAAUCUCUACGUGAACAACAAGGUCACGCUCUUCCGCCAGCUGCAGCAGAUGACCUACAGCCUGAUCGAGUGGCGCUCCCAGAUCCUGUCUGGGACACUCCCCAAGGACGAACUGGCAGAGCUCAAGAAGAAGGUCACAGCCAAAAUUGAUCAUGGGAACAGAAUGCUUGGGUUAGAUCUGGUGGUGCGAGAUGACAACGGGAACAUCUUGGAUCCAGAUGAAACCAGCACCGUUGCCCUCUUCAAGGCCCAUGAAGUGGCCUCAAAAAGGAUUGAGGAAAAGAUCCAAGAAGAAAAGUCCAUUCUGCAGGACCUGCAUGUGCGGGGCCAGGCGGUCUUCAGCACCGUGCACACGUACGGCCUGUAUGUGAACUUCAAGAACUUCGUCUGCAACAUCGGGGAGGACGCAGAGCUGUUCAUGGCCCUCUACGACCCAGACCAGUCCACUUUCAUCAGUGAAAACUAUUUAAUUCGUUGGGGCAGUAAUGGGAUGCCCAAGGAAAUUGAGAAGCUCAAUAACCUUCAAGCAGUGUUUACUGACCUCAGCAGCACGGACCUCAUCCGGCCUCGCAUCAGCCUGGUGUGCCAGAUAGUCCGGGUGGGCCACAUGGAGCUGAAGGAAGGCAAGAGGCACACCUGUGGACUCCGGAGGCCUUUUGGAGUAGCAGUGAUGGAUAUUACUGACAUCAUACACGGGAAAGUGGACGACGAGGAGAAGCAGCACUUCAUUCCGUUUCAGCAAAUUGCAAUGGAGACCUAUAUUCGGCAGAGGCAGCUCAUAAUGUCACCCUUGAUGACAUCGCAUGUGACUGGAGAGAAUGAGCCACUCACUUCAGUCCUGAAUAAAGUGAUAGCAGCGAAGGAAGUGAAUCACAAAGGACAAGGACUUUGGGUGUCCUUGAAGCUAUUGCCAGGUGACCUUUCGCAGGUUCAGAAGAAUUUUUCACACUUGGUGGAUAGAUCAACAGCAAUAGCCAGAAAAAUGGGCUUUCCUGAGAUAAUCCUUCCCGGAGAUGUUCGGAAUGACAUCUAUGUCACCCUGAUUCACGGGGAGUUUGACAAAGGGAAAAAGAAGACGCCCAAGAACGUGGAGGUGACCAUGUCUGUGUUUGAUGAAGAGGGCAACCUGUUGGAGAAAGCCAUUCAUCCGGGUGCUGGCUAUGAAGGCAUUUCAGAAUACAAAUCAGUGGUCUAUUACCAGGUCAAGCAGCCCUGUUGGUAUGAGACUGUCAAGGUGUUCAUCGCCAUAGAGGAGGUGACGCGCUGUCACAUAAGAUUCACCUUCCGACACAGGUCAUCUCAGGAAUCCAGAGAUAAAUCAGAGCGCGCUUUUGGGGUAUCCUUUGUGAAACUGAUGAACCCAGACGGCACCACCCUGCAGGACGGGAGGCACGACCUGGUGGUAUACAAGGGGGACAACAAGAAAAUGGAAGAUGCUAAGUUCUACCUGACCCUGCCUGGGACCAAGGUAGAGAUGGAGGAGAAAGAGCUCCAAGCAUCCAAAAACCUGGCUGCCUUUACCGCAAGCAAGGAGAGCACAAAGGACAGUUUUCAGAUCGCCACCCUGAUUUGCUCCACAAAACUCACCCAGAAUGUUGACCUUUUAGGCCUGCUGAACUGGCGUUCCAACUCCCAGAACAUAAAGCACAACCUAAAGAAGUUAAUGGAGGUGGAUGGAGGAGAGAUUGUUAAGUUUUUGCAAGAUACACUGGAUGCACUUUUUAACAUAAUGAUGGAAAUGUCAGACAAUGAAACAUACGACUUCCUGGUGUUCGAUGCCCUGGUGUUUAUUAUUUCGCUGAUAGGAGACAUCAAGUUCCAGCAUUUCAACCCUGUACUUGAGACCUACAUAUACAAGCACUUCAGUGCCACUUUGGCAUACGUGAAACUCUCCAAGGUCCUGAACUUCUAUGUGGCUAAUGCUGACGACUCCAGCAAGACGGAGUUGCUGUUCGCUGCUUUGAAAGCCUUGAAGUACUUGUUCAGGUUCAUCAUCCAGUCUCGAGUGCUCUACUUGAGAUUUUAUGGUCAGAGCGAAGAUGGAGAUGAAUUUAAUAACUCAAUCCGACAGUUGUUUCUCUCUUUCAAUAUGCUCAUGGACAGGCCUCUGGAGGAAGCUGUCAAGAUCAAGGGGGCAGCUUUGAAGUACCUCCCUAGCAUAAUCAACGAUGUCAAACUUGUGUUCGAUCCCAUUGAGCUCAGCGUGCUCUUCUGCAAGUUCAUUCAGAGCAUUCCUGACAACCAGCUGGUGCGGCAGAAGCUCACCUGCAUGACCAAGAUGGUGGAGAGUGGUCUCUUCCAGCAGUCAGAGUGCAGAGACGUGCUAUUGCCACUGCUGACGGACCAGCUCAGCGGCCAGCUGGAUGACCACUCAAGCAAGCCUGACCAUGAGGCCAGCUCGCAGCUUCUGAGCAGCAUCCUGGAGGUGCUGGACAGGAAGGAUGUGGGUCCCACGGCCAUGCACAUUCAGUUGAUCAUGGAGCGGCUGCUGAGGAGGAUCAACAGGACCGUGAUCGGGAUGAGCCGACAGUCUCCCCACAUCGGCAGCUUUGUGGCUUGCAUGAUUGCCAUCCUGCGGCAGAUGGACGACACCCACUACAGCCACUACAUCAGCACCUUCAAGACCAGGCAAGACAUCACUGACUUCCUCAUGGAAACCUUUAUCAUGUUCAAGGAUCUGAUCGGGAAGAACGUCUAUGCCAAAGACUGGGUGGUGAUGAAUAUGACGCAGAGCAGGGUGUUUCUCCGUGCCAUCAAUCAGUUCACUGAAGUCCUCACCAGACUCUUCAUGGAUCAGGCCAGCUUUGAGCUUCAGCUCUGGAACAAUUACUUCCAUUUGGCGGUAGCGUUUCUCACCCAUGAGUCCCUUCAGCUGGAAACCUUCUCACAAGCCAAGCGCAACAAAAUUGUAAAAAAAUAUGGGGACAUGAGGAAGGAAAUCGGCUUUAGAAUCCGGGACAUGUGGUAUAACCUGGGUCCCCACAAAAUCAAAUUCAUCCCAUCGAUGGUGGGUCCCAUUCUGGAAGUCACCCUGACCCCCGAAGUGGAGCUGCGAAAAGCCACCAUCCCCAUUUUCUUUGAUAUGAUGCAGUGUGAGUUCAAUUUCAGUGGAAAUGGCAAUUUCCAUAUGUUUGAGAAUGAGUUGAUCACCAAGCUGGAUCAAGAGGUAGAAGGUGGCCGAGGAGAUGAACAAUACAAGGUUCUAUUGGAGAAACUGCUCCUAGAACAUUGCCGGAAACACAAAUACCUCUCCAGCUCUGGCGAGGUCUUUGCCCUCCUGGUCAGCAGCCUCCUGGAGAACUUGCUGGACUACAGAACCAUUGUCAUGCACGACGAGAGCAAGGAGAACCGCAUGAGCUGCACCGUCAACGUCCUGAAUUUUUACAAAGAAAAGAAGAGAGAGGACAUAUACAUAAGAUACCUGUACAAGCUCCGAGAUUUGCACCGAGACUGCGAGAACUACACAGAAGCUGCCUACACCCUUCUCUUGCACGCCGAGCUUCUGCAGUGGUCCGAUAAGCCCUGCGUGCCCCAUUUGCUUCAGAGGGACAGUUACUUUGUUUAUACCCAGCAAGAGCUGAAAGAGAAACUGUACCAGGAAAUCAUAUCCUAUUUCGACAAAGGCAAAAUGUGGGAGAAGGCCAUCAAACUGAGCAAAGAGUUGGCUGAGACCUACGAGAGCAAAGUGUUUGACUACGAGGGCCUCGGCAGCCUCCUGAAAAAAAGAGCCUCCUUCUAUGAGAACAUCAUGAAGGCCAUGAGACCGCAGCCGGAAUACUUCGCCGUGGGCUACUACGGCCAGGGCUUCCCUUCCUUCCUGCGGAAUAAAAUCUUCAUCUACCGGGGGAAGGAGUACGAGAGGCGGGAAGACUUCAGCUUGAGGCUCCUGACCCAGUUCCCCAAUGCAGAGAAGAUGACCAGUACCACACCCCCUGGAGAAGACAUCAAGAUGUCCCCGAAGCAGUACAUGCAGUGCUUCACUGUGAAGCCCGUGAUGAGCCUGCCGCCCAGCUACAAGGACAAGCCCGUUCCAGAGCAGAUCUUAAACUACUACAGGGCCAACGAAGUGCAGCAGUUCAGAUAUUCCCGGCCGUUCCGGAAAGGAGAAAAGGAUCCAGACAACGAAUUUGCUACCAUGUGGAUCGAGCGGACCACGUACACCACCGCCUAUAGCUUCCCCGGGAUUCUCAAGUGGUUUGAAGUCAAACAGAUUUCCACAGAGGAAAUCAGCCCCUUAGAGAAUGCCAUUGAAACCAUGGAGCUGACCAAUGAGAGGAUCAGCAACUGCGUGCAGCAGCAUGCCUGGGACCGGUCCCUCUCCGUGCACCCGCUCUCCAUGCUGCUCAAUGGCAUCGUGGACCCAGCCGUCAUGGGGGGAUUCUCCAACUAUGAGAAGGCUUUUUUUACCGAAAAGUACUUGCAAGAGCAUCCUGAAGAUCAGGAGAAGGUAGAGCUGCUAAAGCGACUGAUAGCAUUACAGAUGCCUCUGCUCACAGAAGGGAUCCGCAUCCAUGGGGAGAAGCUGACAGAGCAGCUCAAGCCACUGCAUGAUCGGUUGUCCUCCUGCUUCCGGGAACUUAAGGAGAAAGUAGAAAAGCUCUAUGGGGUCAUAACACUGCCACCCAACUUGACGGAGAGGAAGCAGAGCCGCACGGGAUCCUUGGUGCUGCCUUACAUCAUGUCUUCUACUCUGCGGAGGCUGUCCGUGACCUCUGUGACCUCCUCUGUGAUCUCCACUUCUUCCAACUCCUCCGAUAAUGCACCUUCCCGGCCAGGAUCUGAUGGGUCAGUCCUGGAGCCGCUUUUUGAGCGCAGGUCCUCAUCAGGUGCCAGAGUGGAAGAUCUGCCCCUCAAAGAGGACAGCGAGAACCGAAUCGGCAAGUUCAAGAGAAAAGACUGGAAUCUGAGCAAGUCCCAAGUCAUUGCAGAGAAACAUCCAGAACCCGAUCUAAUGAGUCCAGCCAGAAAAGUGCAGAGGCCAAAGAGUCUCCAACUGGUGGACAGUCGCUUAACGCCAUUCCAUGGUUCCUCGCCCCCUCAGUCGACGCCUCUGAGCCCACCUCCUCUCACUCCUAAGGCCACCAGGACCCUAAGCUCCCCGUCUUUGCAGACAGAUGGGCUGGUGACUGCUGUUCCCCCUCCCCCUCCCCCCAAAAGCAAGCCCUACGAAAGCAGCCCGAGGACCUCCACCGAGGCCGCACCCCCACUGCCUGUCCGAAGAGAAGCCAAAGCCCCACCGCCACCGCCUCCGAAAGCUCGGAAAUCUGGCGUCCUUUCUUCUGAGCCUGGAUCCCAGUGAGGACCUCGCCCCCUCCUUGCAUCUCUGAGUGCCUUGGACAGCGGCUGCCUGAGAAUUGGCCUUUGGGAGUGGGUGUCCUCAUUACCAGGGGCUCCCUGCCGGUUGGUUGCAUUUUCUGAUCAGAGAUGAUGCUCACCAGCCCCAAACCGGUUUGUUCUCUCCAAGCUUCUCUUUGACAGCUGUUUGGAGCUGUGCAACCCUCCAGCCCACACGGAAUUCCAAGGAUUGGCCAUGCCCCAUGCAUUUUUCAAGGAGAGUGCUCCUCCACCGUGAUUGCGGAGACCCUGGGGUCUGCAGAAGCUGGGCCAGUCCCAUAGCCUCAGCACCUGUGCUCUGGACAGAUGGGUUUCUUGCUUUGCUUCUGAAAAGCUGCAUUUGAGACUUGGUGGUUUCUCUCAUCCUUGCACACCUAUCCCAUCCAGCGUCUGGGAAGAGACAGAUGUCAAUACACUGUAGCAGCCAGCAUAUCCCUGUCUUUCUAAUGUCUACUGUGUUUCCUUUGAGGAGAGAACACACAUUUUUAAUGGAGAUUGGCUGCUUUCAGGUGUGAAUGGCUGUUAUCGCUGAAAAACCAUGAAGUCACCUUUGGCUUCACUGGAUGGGUUCCCUGGCCCAUGGCCCUCUGCACAGCAGCCGCUCCGCCUUACUAGGGAUCCCUCUGAAGCUCUUUUGCACAGUUUCUUGUCCUUCCUCGGAGCUCAGUUCCCUGGCUGUGAGGGACCUGGGAGCCUGGGUUCGACAGCUUCUUUGCCAGCUCCCAUUCGAAUGCCCCACGUCCCCUGUCCACUUCCUGAUUUUACCCUGGAGAGUACAGUGCAAUAUUUCCCUUUGAUUAUUUAUUCCUUUUGAUCAUGGGAUUAAUUUGAUUACUUGCUAAUGGUACUAAUGUCAGUACUUCUUUCCCGAACAAAAAAAUGGGGUGACUUAGAUAACCAAAUAUCACAUAAGUUACAGACGUUUUGAGCUGGAAGGGUUUUAAAAGUCAUACAAGGAGACUCUCCCUUUGUAGAUAAGGAAACUGAGGCUACACCCAGAAAGUGGUACUACAGAUUUCUACUAAUGACCCAGCUUGCUAACAUGGGCUGGGCCCGGAGACCACUCAGAGCUAGAGUGCACCCCCACCCAGUCCUCAGCACCUCGCCUCCGCUGGAACGGUAUUUGAAGUGUCCCAGAUAUUUCACAGUAUUGGGGUGUUGAAAGCAAUGCCGAGAACUUCUUGAUUGUGACUCUGAAGGUCAACGUGGCAGGGAGACUCCAGGGGUCUCUUCCAUGACUAGGCCCAGAGUCCUUUCUCCAAGGCCAAGAGAGGGAAGGAGCCUGCAGCAGUAGACGCCGUCUGUCUCUGUGAUGGGUGCUGCUCUCCCCACUGCCUUGUUAGGAGAGAAGUGCUGGCUCCCCUCACAGCCAAGGAAGCAAAAGCCUCCGUGACCUUGGCAGCGGUGACCCCAGAACGAGUGUGCAUCUUCCAGGAGUGCCUGGCAAUCGGAGUUCUUCACCCCGACCCGGGAGCUCCUAAGUGGGAUCGUGGAAACAAAGUGGACUUGGGAAUCAAACCCAUUUGGUCACAGUUCCCAGCCACGUCACCUGUUCACUUUGCAAGCUCCAAAAGACACAUCACGCCCAGGCUCCCUCUGGCUGGUGUAUUGUGGGUCCUCUUGGUUGAAACGUGUAUCUUGGGGUCCUGGAAUCAUCUGUGCCCAGAAGUAAUAAAAACUUCAGACCAUUUGGUUAUCC